AUGGCGUCCUGGUUGGGCGGGCUGGGCUCGGGGCUGGGUCAGUCCCUGGGGCAGGUGGGGGGCAGCCUGUCUUCGCUCACCGGCCAGAUCUCCAGCUUCACGAAGGACAUCCUGCUGGAGGGCGCGGAGGAAGUGGGCGAACUCCAUAUGUCCAAUUCUAGACUCAGAGAAAUAGAAAGUAUUAAUGCAGCACAAAAGUCUGAAAACGAGAGACUGAAAAAAGUUUGUAGUGAUUUAGAAGAAAAGCAUGAAGCAGCAGAGCUUCAGAUAAAGCAGUUAUCUAUAGAGUACCGAAAUCAGCUUCAACAGAAAGAGGUGGAAAUCAGCCAUCUAAAAGCUAGACAGAAUGCACUACAGGAACAACUGCAGAAAGUACAGACGGCUGCUCAGUCAGCGCAGUUAGGAGCUGGUGUUUUGCCACCAGCCUCUACAUCAGCUUCCUAUGUUCCGGUGGUCAGACAUUCCUCAGGUUUUGAGGGAGAUGACAUGGAUUUUGGAGAUAUUAUCUGGUCGCAACAAGAAAUAAACAGAUUGUCCAAUGAAGUGUCUAGGCUUGAAUCUGAGGUUGACCACUGGAAGCAGAUUGCACUGUCUUCUAAAGUGCAAGGGACAAAUGAUGCUGAACAAAGUGAAAUAUGCAAACUGCAAAAUAUUGUUAAGGAGCUCAGACAGAAUUUAAGUCAAGAAAUAGAUGAACAUCAACAUGAACUUUCAGUAUUGCAGGAUGCACACAGACAAAAGCUAGUAGAGAUAAAUCGUCGACACCGAGAAGAGCUGGGUGAAUAUGAAGAGCGAAUUGAAGAACUUGAGAAUCAGUUACAGCAAGAUGGUGUGAGCGCUGAUACCAUGGAUGACUUUAAAAUUAGUGAACAUAAAAAAAAUGCUCAGAGUUUAGAAAGAGGAAAGGUAGGAAAGUUGCAGGUUGUAAGGGACCUAGAGGAUGAAAUAAGAAAAUUAAAUCACAAAUCGUCGUCUUCUGAAGAAGAAAACAAAAUUUUUCUGGAAGACCAAGAAUUGCUUCAAAGUUCUGUUGCAGAGCAAGGUGCUCUGCUGAAAGAACAGGAGAAGAAGCUCCAAUCAAAAACAUCACUACCAGAAGAUGUUGUCAGACUACAGCAAGCACUGUUAGCAGCAGAAAAUGAAAUAGCAAGACUUUCAAGUUUAAAUCAGGGACUUGAGAAGGAACUGACAAGUGCACAACAUAAAAAUGAGAAUAUUUUUUCUGCUUAUACUGAGGAUCAAAACUCAGUAUUAAGUCAGUUAAGACAAGAUUUGGAAAGGAAAGAACAUGAAUUAAACGAAAGUAUUGCUGAAAGAGAAACAUUAAUAGUGGAGUUGGAAGAACUAGACAAGCAGAAUCAAGAAGCUACUCAGCAUAUGAUUACACUGAAAGAGCAGCUGUCAAAACAACACACAGAAACUGAUAGUAUCAUCAAACAGCUGAAAUUUGACAUAGAUGUUGAAAGAAAGAAAGUAUCAGAAUUAGAAAUUGAGAAGAUGGAAACUAUUAAGGAGUUAGAUAGUCAGAAAGAAAAACUAAGCCAAUGUUCAUAUGCACUUAAUGAUUUGCAUAUAAGUAAGCAGCAGCUUCAAAAUAAUAUUAAAGAUCUUCAGGAACAAUUAAGGAAAGCACAGGACUGUAAUUUGCAUAAUAAAAAAGAAAUUGGAGAAUUGCAGCAGAGACUAAAAGAAAGAGAGCAGGAACUUUCUGUGUCCUUGUGUAAGUUAACAGAAAAAAGUAACCAGGAAUCUAACUACGCUUGUCAAGAUCUGAUUCUGAGAGAAAGAGAAGUAGAAAUUGCAAAACUACAGAAUGACAUCUCGGAAAGUAAACAACUAAAUGAAGUCUUAGAGAAGUCUCUGUCUGGUCUCAGAACAGACAAUGGUAAGCUAAUAGCAGCCAUUGAAGAACUAAACCAGAAGUUAAGUGAUGCCAUUUCUGAGAAAAAUAAAGUUUGCUUGGAAAAAGAUACUGUUGUGGAGGCUUUGAAAAUGGAAAAAAGACAGUUAGAGAGCGAAUUAAACCAGACAGAGAAGAGGCUUUUGGAACAAGCACAUAAGUACAAGCAAACUAUUGAGGAGUUAUCAAAUGCACGUAGUAUGGAUACCACUGCACUGCAGCUUGAACAUGAGCGCCUAGUUAAACUCAAUCAAGAGAAAGACUUUAAGAUUGCUGAACUUAAAAGGAGCAUUGAGCAGAUGGAAAUUGACCAUCAAGAAACAAAAGAGAUGUUGACUACUAGCUUAGGAGGACAAAAGCAGCUGACAGAACUCAUAAAAGAAAAAGAGGUAUUUAUUGAAAAAUUUAAAAAUCAAGCCUUACAGGUGAAGCAGGAACUUGAGGAAUAUAAGAAAGCUUCAAAAAAGCAGGAUGUCUUAAAACAGAACUUGGAGGAAAAAGACAGAAGUCUUGCAGUCAUGAAGGAAGAAAAUAAUCAUUUGAAAGAAGAAAUUGAACGCCUUAAGGAUCAGCAGAGUAGAUCUAUGCCUGUGGUUGAGCCUAAAACUCUAGAUAUUAUUAUUGAACUUGAAAGUGAGGUAACACAGUUGAAAGUGAUAAAGAAUAAUCUUGAAGAAGAAAUAGAAGUUCACAAAAAAACAAUAGAAGAUCAGAAUCAAACAACAGUGCAACUUCAGCAGUCUUUACAGGAGCAAAGAAAGGAAAUAGAUGAGUCUAAAUUUCAGUGUGAGCAAAUGAAUGUCACACAUGAAAGACUUUCUUUAGAGAAGGAUGAGGAAAUUAAAAAUUUGCAGAAAACAAUUGAACAAAUUAAAACUCAGUUGCAGAAAGAGAGACAGAUUAUUCAGACUGAUUCCUCUGAUAUUUUUCAGGAAACCAAAGUUCAGACUCUUAACGGAGAAAAUGGAAAUGAAAAACAUGACUUAUCUAAAGCUGAAAUUGAAAGACUGGUAAAAGGUAUCAAAGAAAGGGAGAUGGAGAUUAAGCUUCUAAAUGAAAAGAAUGUUUUUUUAAGUCAGCAAAUUGAUCAGUUGUCUAAGGAUGAGGUUGGCAAACUUACUCGGAUCAUUCAAGAGAAGGAUUUGGAAAUAGAAGCUCUCAAUGCUAGAGUUUCCUCAGCUUCCUAUAGGCAGGAUGUGCUUUGUCUUCAGCAGCAGCUGCAAGCUUAUGUUAUGGAAAGAGAACAAGUACUAGCAGUUCUAAGUGAAAAGACAAGAGAAAACAGUCAGUUAAAAACAGAGUAUCGUAAUAUCAUGGAUAUGGUCGCUGCUAAAGAGGCAGCUUUAGUAAGGUUGCAGGAGGAGAAUCAAAAGUUAUCUAAUAGAUCUGAAAACAGCAGUCAAGACAUGUCUAGAGAAACCAUUCAGAAUUUAUCCCGUAUCAUUCGAGAAAAAGAUAUUGAAAUAGAUGCUCUGAGUCAAAAAUGCCAAACCUUAUUGACUGUCUUGCAGACAUCCAGUACAGGUACUGAUAAUGGGUCAGGAGGUGUUAACAGUAACCAGUUUGAGGAACUUCUGCAAGAACGUGAUAAACUAAAACAGCAAGUAAAGAAGAUGGAAGAGUGGAAGCAACAAGUAAUAACCACAGUUCAGAACAUGCAGCAUGAGUCAGCUCACCUCCAAGAAGAGUUACACAAGCUUCAAACACAAAUUUCAGUUGAAAGCGAUAGUAAUUCAAAGUUGCAGGUAGAUUAUAAUGGCUUGAUUCAGAGUUACGAACAGAAUGAGAAAAAGCUGAAAAGUUUUAGUCAGGAAUUAGCACAAGUUCAACACAGCAUAGGACAGCUUCAUAACACCAAGGAUCUUCUCCUGAGUAAACUUGAUUUAGUAACACCAUCUGUGGCAACGGCCUCCACUGUUUCACAGCUUUCAGGUGUUCAAUACAGUGCUCCUGAAGUACUCAGUGAUGAGUCUAAACUCCUUCAAAAGGAGUUGGAACAACUGAAAAAAAAGUUGCAAGAAAAAGAUUCAACUAUUAGGACUCUUCAGGAAAACAAUCAACGAUUAUCUGAUUCUAUGGCUACAGUAUCAGAGAUGGAAAGAAAGAACCAAGAAGGGACUGAGUCAGAGAUGAGGCAGAUCAAAGAAAAACAUGAUGCCUUACAGAAAUCACUUAGGGAAAAAGAUAUAUUAAUUAAAUCUAAAAGUGAUCAGUUACUUUCUGUGAGUGAAAAUCUUAGUAACAAGGAAAAUGAAAAUGAGCUUUUGAAGCAAGCUGUGACUAAUCUUAAAGAAAGAAACUUAAUUUUUGAAAUGGAUAUUCGAAAACUGAAAGAAGAAAAUGAAAAAAUAGUUGCAAAGUGUAGGGAAAAAGAAACAGAAUUCCGAGCACUUCAGGAGACUAAUAUGCAAUUUUCAAUGAUGCUGAAAGAGAAAGAGUUUGAGUCUCACUCAAUGAAGGAAAAAGCUCUUGCUUUUGAGAAGCUGUUGAAAGAAAAAGAACAGGGUAAGACAGGAGAACUGAAUCAACUGUUAAAUGAAGUUAAAUCAAUGCAGGAAAAGGCUGUUACUUUUCAGCAAGAGAGAGACCAAGUCAUGGUAGCACUCAAACAGAAGCAAAUGGAGAGCAGUGCCCUGCAGAGUGAGAUACAGCAUUUGCAUGAGAAAGAGCAGCGCCUAAAUCAGGAGCUGGAGAGGUUACGUAAUCACCUUUUAGAAAUGGAAGAUUCCUACACGCGAGAAGCUUUAGCUGCAGAAGACAGAGAGGUCAAGCUAAGAAAGAAAGUUUUGAUUUUGGAAGAAAAACUCGUGUCCUCAUCUACUGCGGUGGAGAAUGCCAGUCAUCAAGCUAAUCUGCAAGUUGAAUCUUUGCAAGAGCAAUUAAACCUGGUUUCCAAGCAGAGAGAUGAAACUGUGCUACAGCUCACCAUUUCACAGGACCAAGUGAAGCAGUAUGCAUUGUCACUGGCCAACCUGCAGAUGGUACUAGAGCAAUUCCAACAGGAAGAAAAAGCUAUGUAUUCAGCAGAGCUGGAGAAACACCAAAAACAGACUGCAGAAUGGAGGAAAAAAGCAGAAAACUUAGAAGAAAAAGUUGUAUCACUGCAGGAAAGUUUAGGAGAGGCAAAUGCUGCACUGGAUGCAGCAUCAAGGCUUACUGAGCAGCUUGACAUCAAAGAGGAACAGAUUGAAGAGCUUAAGAAAGAAGGUGAGAUCAGAAAAGAAAUGUUAGAAGAUGUGCAAAACAAACUGAUGAGUCUUAUGAACAGCACAGAAGGAAAAGUGGACAAGCUCCUGAUGAGAAAUCUCUUUGUUGGACAUUUUCAUACUCCAAAAAAUAAACGUCCUGAAGUGUUAAGGUUAAUGGGAAGCAUCUUGGGAGUAAAAAAGGAAGAACUCGAUCAGUUAUUAUCUGAAGACCAGAGAGGAGUUACAAGAUGGGUGACUGGAUGGCUUGGUGGAGGAGCUGGGUCAAAGAGUGUCCCUAGUACACCUUUGAGGCCAACUCAUCAGAAUGUUUUUAAUAGUUCUUUUUCAGAAUUGUUUGUGAAAUUCCUCGAAACAGAAUCUUGCCCAAGCCUUCCUCCACCCAAGCUCUCUGUUCAUGAUAUGAAACCUUUAGGAGCAGCAGGAACUGGUAAAACUAGCAGUACUCCAUCCAACUGUCAAAUGCAAGAUUCUGCAGUCUCGGGAAUGAGCAGAAGACCAGAUACAAAUCCAUUUUUAGCACCUCGAUCUGCAGCGGUGCCUCUCAUAACACCUGCUACUAGUUCUGGACAUCUGCUUAUGAAACCUAUUUCUGACGCGUUGCCUACUUUCACACCACUGCCAGUGUCCCCUGAUGCCAGUGCUGGUGCUGUACUAAAAGACCUCCUAAAACAAUAGAUGAUCUUGUAUCAAUAUGAUGAUAGUAGCACUUUAAGGAAAAUGAGAACACUAUGCUGUGUAUAUAAUUUACCACAAUGAGGCCUUCUGUAAAAAGUCAUGUACUUGUUUGCGGUUGUACCUUGCUUUUCUUUUAAUUAUGAACUAACCAGUGCUUUGGAAAUUCUAAUGGUGGCAUGAAUAACUGCCUUCUUCAUAGCAGGUAUUCAUUUUGGGCGUGGGUUAAAUCUUAAACUGAGGGGAAAAAAAAUCUGGAAAAAAAAAUCUUAUCAUGUUGCUAGAUUGUCACAAGACAAAUAGAAGGAUUUUUAAACCUUAGUUAUACUCUGAGUUGUUUCAGUUAUGCAUAGACAGCAUUUAACUCUUCGGUGUUGAGAUCUGUUUUUCCAUUAAAACUAUCUGCUAUUGGCAGUGGGCCUUCAAGAACCAGAAUUCUUAAAAAAAUAAAAAUGACACAAACUCCAUAGAAUAAGACGGUGAGCAUAUAGGAGUGUGAUUAUUGCGUAACCGCAGUCUUCCCAUGCAUGAUUUAUGACACUUAAUGUAUACUAGGACACGUAUCGCAUUUACAGGAUUGGUCACUUUUGCAGGCAAUUUGAGGCAUGUUAAUCUCUUUUUGCACAAUGAUUUGAUUCCUCCCCUCCCCCUGGACUAAUAGCUGCUUUCAGCAGUCAAACCCAUCAGCGCCAAGGAGUUAACUGUGGAAGUGAGUGCUUCAUUUUCUAGAGGCGUCCAUGUGAUGAAGAGUGGGUAAUUCAGCAAAAGAUAGGUUUACAUAUAUAAAGGCACUGUACUCUAAUGGUCUAAGAUGUAUAUUUGAGAGACUUUUUAUCUUGUAGGAUUUUGUAGAUCCAAAUACAGGCUUAAAGCUUGAACCCAUGUAUAGAAUUUAAAGGGAAGAAGAUGCUUACUUAUCUCAAAUGUGUAAAUAGGUCUUUGUAAGCCCGAGGCCAAAGUCAAUUAUUCUGUAAAUUUUGCUGUGAUAACUUGUACACUUUGUUUGGCAGGUAAAGAAUGAAGUUGCAUACUAAGGGAUAAAAGUCAUCUUGCAAAAGUCAUCUUCAUGGUGAAUCU